AUGGAGGAACAUUGCAAAUCCCUAGCUUUGCAAUACGAUUUGUUCGUCAACAGCACACUCAAGUAUUUGGACACGACGACCGAGAGAGAUUACAUCCUAAAAUUGAAAGUCAUCGAUCAAUUAGCUUACCGUAUCAAUGAAAGCGAGUCUGAUAAAGAAAUCAUCAAGAAAAACCUAGAAGAAGUUCAGGAUGAAUGUUCUAAAUUGACUUAUAAACUUAAAACUUCUGCUCGCUUAUUAGAUGAAGUUCGAGUAGAAAAAGAAAAACUUGAAUUUGAAAAAGAAACCAUGAAGAAUCAAUUAGAACAAUUUUACAGUAUUUUUAAGAAACAAGAUAUUGUAGAAAAGUCACAUAACUCAAUCAUUAAUCAUUCUGAUUGUGUACAAUUGGAUGAAAAAAGGACUUUUAAUAACACUGGUGCUUUGUUAUCAGAUAUUAGUUAUAGUAAUUCUGAAGAUAGUACAUAUGAUCAUUUAUUGAAAAAUCCAAAACAAAAUUCUGUACUCAUAGAAAAGCAUUCUACUGGCAACAUUUUCAAUAACCUGAACUCAAAAAAAUGUGCGAUCAAAAACGUGAAUACUACCAACAAACAAAUUAUUGCCACAACUAUUGUAACUAUGGACUUGGGAAUGGUAAAUGCUAAAUCUGUUAUAAAAACAUAUCCAACUCAAACUUCAAAAGUUGCAUUAAUAUCGUCAUCGAGUGAUUCUACAGAGCCAUUGUCCACCAGCGAUUCUGAAACAGAAAAUAAUAUAACUGAAAAAAAACAUAAUUUUAUUCAAAAAAUUAUUGUCAUUCCGGAAAUGUGUGGUCACUGUCAUAAAAAAAUAAAGUUUAACAAUUACAUGGUUAAAUGUUUGGACUGUAAAAUUAUAACUCAUCUGGAAUGUAAAGAUUUUAUACCUACUAUAUGUACAAUUGAUCAUCUAAAAAUCAAUGCUUUAAAUUGUGGUGUCCCACCUUUCAUCAUUCACUGCAUUAGCGAAAUCGAAAAAAGAGGAUUGGAUACAGUUGGAUUAUACAGGGUGUCUGGUUCUGAUAAAGAAGUGAAAAAUUUAAGAGAAAAAUUUCGUAAAGGUUUACCUAAUUUAAACAAUAUAGACAUCCAUGUAUUAUGUAGUUAUCUAAAAGACUUAAUUCGUACUCAAGAAAAUCUUAUAUCUCCAAGUGAUUUAUCAAAGUUGACUGAUGCAUUAAAAAAUAAAAAUGAUGUGUCAAAGUCACUUUGUCAAGUUGUAUCUGAAUUGCCACAUACCAAUCGUAACAUACUUGCAUUCCUCAUUCUUCAUUUGCAAAAGGUUGCUAUGUCAUCAAAAUGCAAUAUGGAUUAUAAAUGUCUAGCAAUUAUUUUUGGACCUACAAUUUUUGGUGUUCCAAGUACUUCCUUAGAUGAACUACAUAUUAAAUCUGAAAUUGUUUUUGAAAUUGUGAGAGAACUGCUAAUGUUGCCUAAUGAUUUUUGGCUUAGUUCUUUGAAAACUAAAAACAUUGCUUCUGAUGAACCGUUAUAUAGUACUCCAAUCAAAAAUCAACUGCAAUCACCAGGAACAUCUAAUCGUUUCUUUUCUUCUGGACUAAAAAGACGAAUAUUAGACUCGCCAAAAAAAAAAAAAAUUGCAAAACAAGUUGAAUUUUAA